GCGUGUGGACAGUUUGGCAUUUUGUGAUGUGAGAUUUUUGUUAAAAGUUUUUAUUAUGGUCUAAAUGUUGAAAUUCUAACAAUCAUACAUGUCAUUAGAAAUAUUCGGAAGCAGAAGAUUAAAAUCUUCCAAUUUUAGUGUUUGUGCAAUGGUAAGAAAGACGAGAACACCUUGUAUGCGUCUCUUCAAAUUUGGUUAAGAGAUGAAAAUAAAAAAUGAUGGAAUGCAAAUAAAAACAUUAGAACAUAUGUGAUAUGAAAGAUAAUUUAGUGGUAUUCCAAUAAACGGAAUGGUUGAAAAUACAUGUUAGUGGUCGAAUAAAGGACUUUGCGCGGUUUUGGACAUGAUACAAGUGCAGUGUUAGUGUGUGUACAGCAUGAAAGGAAGGGGUAUGUGAUAAAAAUACGAAAUGAUCAAAGAAAAGCACGAAAAAGGGUCGGAUAGCGUGAAGGAGGAACCCGGGAGUUCCGAUAAAGAAGCCUCGACGACGGAUGUCCGUAUAAAAAAGGAAGAUGAAGCAGCAGGCAGCAAUUGUGCUGUUAAGAAGGAACCCGGCCGUCCUGUCACCAAAAACGGCGGUAUCAUCGGCUCUACAAACACAGGCUCUCUACAGAACGCCACUGAACGAAAAACCGAAGGUGAGGAGGCAACUUCAGUAGCAGACUCUGCAAAUCUAACAUUGAAAACUGAAGAGUGUAUUGACAAUGAUCUGCCUGGAGAUGCAUUCUCGUUGGGGCUGUCUGGCCCACCUCCACAUGCAACGCCACCCGAUGGAAUCCAACCUCUCGCGAGCAACGUCAUUAAUAAACAACCAGGAAAUAUGGAAGUUCAGUACAUGCAACAGCAGAGUCAGAUUUUUGUGUUUUCGACAGUUUUAGCGAACACCGGUGCCGACGAGGUGAUGCAGGGCCGGUACGCAUCGAUAAUUGCCUACCAUUGUGCCCAACCGGGCACCAAAAAGUACCUGGAGAAGAACCCUCUCAAAGUGAACCAGUUCAACCGGCAGAACCCCGCGCAAUGGCUCAAUGCGGCCAUGAUGAAGAACAAAGGUUGCACCCGCAGCCCUGGUCUAGGCCCUAAAACCCAGCCUUCCAUCGAUAAUUUCCUCGGUCCAGACGGUCUAGAUGAAAUCGGCCUCGGCGACGGUGAUCUUCCUUGGGAUCAGAAGAACAACCAUCAUCUUGAAGGACUCGAGGGCGUCAGCAAUGGCCUCCCCGACGUCGGCCCCGACAUGGACGCUUGCAGUCCUUCCCUCUCAAACGUUCAGCCCUCUCUGCAGGGCGUUAAAGUGCCUGAUGAGAACCUCACCCCCCAGCAACGGCAGCACCGCGAAGAACAAUUAGCAACAAUCCGGAAAAUGCAGCAGAUGCUCUUUCCCGAGAACCAAGCGAUGGACGGGCAGCCGCCCCCGGGAAACGCCAGUGCCAUAGACAUGCCUCACAAUAUGAUGCCGACGGGCCCCACCCAACACCCGCCUAACGCUCAGCUAAUGUCGAAUCAAUUAGAGUGGCUGAAGAUGCAGCAGCAUAAACCCGUGCCCAUCGGCCCUGUAAGUUCCGGCGCCCCACGGGGUGUGCCCACCUCUGGACCCCGCCUCCAGGGCCCGCCCCCACCUUACCACCAAACCCCGCGUUCGGCCAGUGUGCCGAUUGCGCUGCAAAGCCCAAGCCCCGCCUCGCCCAAUAACCCCACCUCUAAUUUAUCCCUUCCCUCGCCGAGGGCGUCUUCCGCCCUCAACUCCCCCGCCGACCCUAAUCGCCAAUUCGGCCUCGGCAGACAUGUCAGCACCGGUCAAAGCCCCACGUCGCAGGACUCUCCCUCCGCCCCUAGACACAACCACAGCAAUCCUGGCACGCCCGUUUCGUCACAUCUGUCUCCCAGUGUAAAUAGCAGUAACACCGAACCCACAUCAACCCAUCAGUCUUCAGUUGAUGGAAUGUUUGGGCGCACCCUCCAAUCAAUGGCACAACAAAAACAAAUGAACACUUCGACGACUUCAUGUUCUACAACCCCAACCACUGGGGCCAAGGAGCCUAAUCUCAUGCCUGUUCCAUCCCCACAACAAAUACAAUACCUCAACACGUUCGAAGGACAGGAAUUAAUCAUACAAAAACAACCAAAUACAAGUCUCAAAGAGAGAAAUAUUAUAUCUCCACCCAUUUUGCCUACAACGCUUGAUAGUGGAUUCCCAGGCAAUGCAAAUGAUCUUCCUCACACUAGAUUAUCAGGACCUAAUACUCCAACAUCAAUAGAUGUAGGGCCUAGGUUUCCCCCUACACCUGGUGUAUCGGCUGAAGGUUGCCGGUUUCAAAUACCCAGCCCACAUACUCCUUCAACUUCGUCUACAGGUGAUAAAUCUCAGCGACUUACUGGUCCGGGUCCAACUUCUGCGCCCGGUCUAAGCCCGCAGACAGCCCCCGGUCCGACAUCUGACCCAUUAAAAAGCGACUUAUUUCCUACUCCGAGUCCUCAUAUGAUGGAUGUUCCUCGUUUUCCGGGUCCGAACGCUUCUCCAGGUGCUAAAAUGGGAGGAGGUUUCGUGAACGUCUCACCAUCGGGCAAACCAAGUCCGUUGGAACUUCCGAAUUAUUGUGCCCGUGGUGACAAUGUACCGCUAAAUCCGAACUGUACGAGCACAAUGUCUGGCAAUCCGAAAGUUUCGCAUUUCGAUCCGAUCUCAUCCCUGGCGCAGAUGAGUCAACAGUUGACGAACAGCGUGGCGAGUUCGCUAAACGGCCAAGGAAAUCAAGGGCCGGGAAUGAUGAAUUUCGGUUCACCCUCGAUGCAGAUGAUGGACAUGGGCGGGUGCCACAACAUGCCCGACAUGGAUCAAGGCCCGGGCAUGAUGGGUAUGGCCAUGCAAGGGCCUCCGCACGGGUUCCACCCGAACUCGCCCAUGGCCCCCAUCCGCUCUCUCUCGCCAAAACUGCCAGGUGCCUUCCCUAACCAUAUGCCUAUGCCGAGGAUGAUGGGUCGUCCACCGGGGCCGAAUCCAUACAACGGAGCCAACGUACAAGUCAAACCCAACGCCCCCAACACUAUACAAUACCUCCCGGCGAAGCCUCAAGUGGGUAAUGCGUCGGGACCGCGGGGCCCUCCUAGUCUCGAUUUCCUGCAACGAUUCGCGAAUCCACUUUGCAACAUGGAUUCCAAAAUGCCAACGCAAAACCUGCAGUACUUCCCCAAUAACGGCCCCAUGCAAGGCCCCGGUGGGCCGAUGCCGACUCACAUGGGUCAUAUGGACGGACCUAUGCAGCCCGACCCUAUGAUGGGCGGCCCGAUGGGCAACGGUGCCGGCCCUAUGAUGGGCGGUAACAUGGGCAUGCCCGGCGGAAUGCUUCCUAUGAUGAGAGGCCCCAUGAGGCCCCCUGGAAUGAUGCGGAUGCCGCAGAUGGGAUUCAACGGGCCGGCCCCUGGAGCUCCCGAGAUGUUCAACCCGGGCCCCAACAUGGGCAAUCCGAACGCCCAGAUGUUUGUCAGCGGACCGAAAGGCAGCCCCAUGGGCAUGGGGGCACCGGACGCCACCCAACCGCUACCGCCGUCGAUGGGGCAAAACAAUACUUUCAAAAAUUCACCGUUUGUGGGUCCGACUACAUCAGAUCCGAACUACGCUCAGCAGUACCAUAACUUCCAGCAGCAGUUGUACGCGACCGGGACAAGGAGCCAAAUGGGGGGCCAAGCGAUGGGACCCGGACCUGGACCUCCACACACUCAACAGCCGCCAUACUUUAAUCCUAAAUAGCAAUUGUGGUGCUGAGUGUGUGUGUAACAGAGUAUUUUGGUUUAUUUUUGAUAUUACUAAUGAGUAAUCUGGCAAUAAUAACAAUGUGAGGUUAAUUUUGUACAUUUUCGUGUGUACUCAUCGAAUUCAAGUGCAGUUAAGGGUUGGCAUCCACUGUUCAUGUACAAAGCUGCCUGCCCCCAAGGGCUCUAUUCACCUGAAUACUUACGCUAUUCUGGAUUUGUAUAUUUGCCAUAAACUAGAAAGACUUUAGAGUAAUCAUUAAGUGUUGGACUUGCUUAGUCCUUUUUAUGACAGAGAUUUCACUAUUGCUCAUAUAAUUUGUUUCUAUCCAUCUGUUAUUCAUUUUAUUGUACAUUUUAUGAGUAAUCAUGAAUGAAAUGAUAACAAUAAAAUUCUAUAUUAUAUA